AUGUCUCUCGAAAAAGCGAGCUUGUCAAAGGUGUUAAUGAUGAGAGCGGAGAAGGAGCCUCAUCGAGGUGAACAAGAGUUGCUGGAGCCCCCUGGGGAUACAUACGCAGACUCCACGGCAGUAGCCCGGCCGCAACGAUGCCUACCGGCCGGCCUGAAAGUCUGGAACAGGUACGCGUGCUUAAGAACAUACCGAACGCUCGGACACGGUAAGGGCCGGCCCGGGUUCAAGUGUCCGACGACCGAAGAUCUGCAGGGUCGUCUCCAAACCUCCUACACUCUGACGGCUCAUCGAGCCAAGGACACUAACAAUUGUCCUGAAGGGGUUCAUGCGGAUAACAAUGGACAACACAACAACAUAACAUUCACAAUUUCAUACAGUUUUACUAAUCAAGAGUAUUUCUAUCAUCUCAGUGGUCCAAGUUCGAUGAACUGUCCAGGUCGUGUCUGA